AAGCAAAGCCAAAGGUAGCUGUUCGUCUAGUGGAUGGAAAGACUCCUAACGAGGGACGUGUUGAAGUAAGAUACAAAGGUACUUGGGGUACCAUAUGCAAUGAUGCUUACUGGGACAUACGUGAUGCUUACGUGAUAUGUCACAUGUUGAAUUACUCCAAGGCAGUUACAGCAACGACUACCAGCGUCAAAGGAACUGGUCCUAUAUGGCUUAAAAGGCUUUAUUGCACCGGAUCCCAAGAAUCUAUUGAUCAGUGUUGGCAUUAUGGCUGGGGUAAAACUGGUGGAUGUGAUCACAGCCGUGAUGCUGGAGUGGUAUGUGGCAAUGCAAUAAACGUCAAUGUUCGUCUAGUGGACGGUAAGACUACUAACGAGGGACGUGUAGAAGUAAGAUACAAAGGUACUUGGGGUACCAUAUGCAAUGAUAUACACUGGGGCAUAUGGGAUGCUUACGUGGUGUGUCACAUGUUGAACUACUCCAAGGCAGUUACAGCAACAACUGCUAGCGUCAAAGGAACUGGUCCUAUAUGGCUUAAAGGGCUUCGUUGCUUAGGAUACGAAGAAACUGUUGACCAGUGUCGUCAUGGUGGCUGGGGUAGCACUAGUGGAUGUGAUCACAGCCGCGAUGCUGGAGUGGUAUGUGGCAAUCUGACACCAGAGGAGAAAACGAUCAAAGUUCGUUUAGUGGGAGAUCAAAACCAUACUGGUAAAGUAGAAAUCCAGUAUCAAGGGAUCUGGGGAGUAGUGUGUGAUUAUUGGUGGUAUAGGUGGUGGGAUAUACGAGAUGCUCACGUGAUCUGCCGAAUGCUUGGUUACAAAGCAUCUAAACACGCAAUUCGCUACAUUGAAGGAGGAACACCAAGAAGAGGGCUCAUGUACGAUGUGGGAUGCAGAGGUAGAGAAAAGUCGAUAGCAGAGUGUGCUCACUCAGGAUGGUGGAAGGUCCCUUCAAGGUGCUCGAAUAAACUUCUUGUUGGUGUGGUUUGUAAGACAAAUGAAUGUAAGAAAGACAAAUCUCUACUGUACCAUGGUCAGUGGGGUACUGUAUGUAACGUUGGAUGGGACAUGAAAGACGCUGAGGUGGUGUGUCGWAUGCUUGGUUACCCUGGAGUACAGGAAUACAAAACCACAGACUUUACACCCGUCAAGGGUAUAAUAUGGCUGCAAUACGUCGGUUGUACAGGAAGAGAAACGUCGAUUGCAGACUGUAGUCACAAUGGAUGGGGAAAUACAGACUGUUACCAUAGUAGAGACGUUGGAUUGACGUGUAAGAUGGGCGCAGUUAGAAGAACAACACAAGCACCUACAACUACUAAACCGUUGCUGACCAAACCACUGACCAGCAGCGUCACUGAGAGGCCAACAACAAAUAAGAAACAGGCACCUACAACUACUAAACCGUUGCUGACCAAACCACUGACCAGCAGCGUCACUGAGAGGCCAACAACAAAUAAGAAACAGCGAACUGGAGAGCCUGGCUGCGGUAAUUUUACACCGAAAGCGAAUUGCUCAAAAGAAGAUGAUGGUAAGAAAAGCAUAUACAAAACAUGUACAUAGAUAUAACCAAGCAUACUAAAAGAUUCUAUCAUAAUCAGUUAACCCUUCACAAGAGUCUAAAGAAUCUUUAGGCUU